GAGAGAGAGAGAGAGAGAGAGAGAGAGAGAGAGAGAGGAGGAGGAGACCGGAGCACCGAGCACCGCGUACAGCCGCCGGAUCCACAGCAACACACCGGGGAGGCACAGAGAAAACACUCUGCAACAGAAAAGCAUAAAAACAGAGGAAACUAAUCCGCACGGAGCAGCUUUUACCCCCACCGACAGACCUGUUUGCGGCUGUAGAGAUGGAUGUCACCUCUCGCCCUCUGCUAUUGGUUUGUGCAUUUUUGGCGGCUGCGCUGAUUGGUGGAACCCGCUCGGAGGGGAUGUGUCUUCAAGACGGCAAGCACAAGGCCACGCCCAGCCCGGAGCCACACCUGAGGGACUGUGGGCUGUACGCUGACAAUAGCUGCUGCACAGAUGAAGACAUCCAGGACAUCUCCCAUGUUCCCUCUGCUAGCAAUAAGAAUGAACCCUGGGACAAAUGUGGACCUCUGAGCUCUGAGUGUGAAGGUUUCCUGAAGCGUGUGUCAUGUUUUUACCGCUGCUCCCCUGACGCUGCGCGUUGGCCUCAUCCCCACCGCCGCUCAUACAUCCAGGCUGUGCCGCUCUGCCACAGCUUCUGUCGUGAUUGGUUUGAUGCCUGCAGGAUGGACUUGACGUGUGCUCGUAACUGGGCCAGAGACCCCAGGGGACAGAACUGCACUGGAACCUGUGUUCAGUACCAGCAGAUGUAUCAGCACGGUAGGGAUCUCUGCGAGAGCCUGUGGGGUGAUGCUUUCAUGACGGUGGAAGACGAGCCAGAGGAUGUGGGAGAGGCUGGAGAGAUCGGCGUGGAGGGCGACGGCGGUCGCCCUUGCGGCUGCCUGACCCUGAGUCCAUCCGACAAGGAUGUGAUCGCUGCCCUCAGGGCCCAACAGGACGACCCAGAGGAACUGGAUACCACCAAGACGGGCCUGCCUCAGUACCGGGCCCCUUGCCAGACCAAGCUGCCACUGCAGGCCAGGAGCGGCAGGAAGGGAAACUCUGUGCUGCGUAAACGCUCUGUCAUGGUAGACGACGUGGAGGGGAGUGGUAGUGGCUUGUAGAUUGUGCGAUAGAUGGCAAUAAAUAUAGAGUUAAUUGUCUAGAUCCUAAUAUACAAAAUCCAUCUCUUGAAAUGGAGUUGUAACCUUGCUCCUCUAAUUAACCUUACCACACACACCUAAGCUCUCAUAAUCAUUAUCAUUACAUCUCAGACAUAAUCUCUAUGGUUUUAAAUAGUAUUAUAUCUGGCAUAAGAUAGACUGACAAGCUUGAAACACUUCCUGAUCAAUGAUAAGAUUAAACAACCUAAACAACCAGAAUUAAAAAAAACAAUUAUCAUUAAAGAUGCCACAAAUGAAUGAUAACGUAUUUUGUAUUUAAAGGCAAAAUCCUCAAUUCUGCAAGGGCUCUGACUUCAACACUAAGACUAUCUUUCCGAUUUUUAUUGAUAUCGCAUAAUGGCUGCACAAUUGUUUUAUUGCCAGCUAACAAGGUCAUUUUUUUCUUUUACCAGGUCUUUAUCAAAGUCAGGUAUGUUAUUUGCUUUGUAUGGCUCAGUAAAGCACAUCACUCAACAUUAUGCUUUGAGGUGUGUGAUGUCUUGUACACGGGAAAGUGCUACAGAUUUAGCGUCUCUGCAUGAAUCAAACAUCAUUAACCAGAGGACUGUUCAUGACAGUACUGUAAACAUCAUGUACCUGCACCAGUACUUCACUACCCUGCUACUCUUUUCAAUCAUCUAUGUGACUUUAAUCUGUGAGUUAGUCAGUUGUUAAAAUGCAGAUCUUACUGUUGUUAUGCUGUACCGUGCAGUCUACAUGUCAUGAGGUAUUAUGAUAGUGGAGAAAGUCACACAGAGUCAUGAGGAUAAUGAAUGUAACUUAGGCUUUCUGACAGAGACUACUGGCCUGAAUGUAAGGGAUCUGGUAUGAUAAUGACAAUGGAGAGGUAUGCUUAAUACCUGAGGGAAGGUUUAAUAUUCAGAAACAAAAUCUGCUCACCAGAGUAAAUCCGCAGAGGCAGUAUUCAUACCAGAUAAGGUUGCUCUGGUAGUUUGAUCACGCAGCAUAAACUUACUGUGGAUGUUUCUUUUAUAAUCACGUCAUGUAUUUCUAGAGUGGGGCACUGCUAGAUGUAAAUGUUUUGUAAAAAAAAAAAAGAAAAAAAGGGAAACUGAUGAAACUGAUUUGACUGAUUUAUG